AUUCAUUCAUUCCCUGUGGCACUGGAGGGGGCCCACUCUGCUCUGUCAGCCUCGGAGCUCCUCCACCCUGGCUGCCGAAAGCCCCUUCCCGCCAUCUAAUGAUACACUCUGCAUACGCUUCUGUUGAGAAUUUGUGGCUAGACAUUCCUGUGGGACCGGGAAUCCAAAUUCUUGGUAGCUAGGGGAAAAAAAAAAUAAAACAACAGCUAACCAAGUGAAUCCCAACCCAACCCCCUGAAGGGCUGAAAAUUCUCGCCUUCUUCAGAGCGGGGCAUGGCAUCGAACAGCAUCUUCGACUCCUUCCCCACCUACUCGCCGACCUUCAUCCGCGACCCAAGCACCAGCCGCCGCUUCACACCUCCCUCCACGGCCUUCUCCUGCGGCGGCGGCGGCGGCAAGAUGGGCGAAAACAGCGGCGCGCUGAGCGCGCAGGCGGCCGUGGGGCCCGGAGGGCGCGCCCGGCCCGAGGUGCGCUCGAUGGUGGACGUGCUGGCGGACCACGCGGGCGAGCUCGUGCGCACCGACAGCCCCAACUUCCUCUGCUCCGUGCUGCCCUCGCACUGGCGCUGCAACAAGACGCUGCCCGUCGCCUUCAAGGUGGUGGCACUGGGGGACGUGCCGGAUGGUACGGUGGUGACCGUGAUGGCAGGCAAUGACGAGAACUACUCCGCUGAGCUGCGCAACGCCUCGGCCGUCAUGAAGAACCAGGUGGCCAGGUUCAACGACCUUCGCUUCGUGGGCCGCAGUGGGCGAGGGAAGAGUUUCACCCUGACCAUCACUGUGUUCACCAACCCCACCCAAGUGGCCACCUACCACCGAGCCAUCAAGGUGACCGUGGACGGACCCCGGGAGCCCAGACGGCACCGGCAGAAGCUGGAGGACCAGACCAAGCCGUUCCCUGACCGCUUUGGGGACCUGGAACGGCUGCGCAUGCGGGUGACACCGAGCACACCCAGCCCCCGAGGCUCACUCAGCACCACAAGCCACUUCAGCAGCCAGCCCCAGACCCCAAUCCAAGGCACCUCGGAACUGAACCCAUUCUCCGACCCCCGCCAGUUUGACCGCUCCUUCCCCACGCUGCCAGCCCUCACGGAGAGCCGCUUCCCAGACCCCAGGAUGCAUUACCCCGGGGCCAUGUCAGCUGCCUUCCCCUACAGCGCCACGCCCUCAGGCACAAGCAUCAGCAGCCUUAGCGUGGCGGGCAUGCCGGCCACCAGCCGCUUCCACCACACCUACCUCCCACCACCCUACCCGGGGGCCCCGCAGAACCAGAGCGGGCCCUUCCAGGCCAACCCGUCCCCCUACCACCUGUACUACGGGACAUCCUCCGGCUCCUACCAGUUCUCCAUGGUGGCCGGCAGCAGCAGUGGGGGUGACCGCUCGCCCACCCGCAUGCUGGCCUCUUGCACCAGCAGCGCUGCCUCUGUCGCCGCCGGCAACCUCAUGAACCCCAGCCUGGGCGGCCAGAGUGACGGCGUGGAGGCCGACGGCAGCCACAGCAACUCACCCACGGCCCUGAGCACUCCAGGCCGCAUGGAUGAGGCCGUGUGGCGGCCCUACUGACCGCCCUGGUGGACUCCUCCCGCUGGAGGCGGGGACCCUAACAACCUUCAAGACCAGUGAUGGGCCGGCUCUGAGGCUCCGGGCAGGGAUGGGACCUACGCUCCGGGGUGGUCUUGGUCCCAGGGUGGUCCCAGCUUGCGGGUGGCUCUGGCUGUAUCUGUGCAGCCACAUCCUUGUACAGAGGCGUAGGGAACCUCCCCGGCCCGGGACACUGCCCCCGGCCCAGAUCCUGGCCAUCUCAUCCCAUACUUCUGUGGGGAAUCAGCCUCCUGCCACCCCUACAGAAGGACGUCGCUGUCUCCAGCUAUGCCCAGUGCUGCAUGGGGCCCAUGUCUCCUGGGACAGAGGCCAUCUCUCCUCCAGAGAGAGGCAGUAUUGGCCCACAGGAUAAGCCUCAGGCCCUGGGAAACCUCCCGACCCCUGCACCCCCUGGGUCCAGCCCCGUCUGCAUUUACACAGAUUUGAGUCAGAACUGGAAAAUGUCCCCCGCCCCCGCCACCCUUGAGCGGGGUUCCCCUCAUUGUACAGAUGGGGCAGGACCCAGCAGGCUGCUGGCAGAGAUGGUUGAGAACACAUCCAAGCCAGUCCCCCCAGCCCGGCUUCCUCUCCGUUCCUGACUGUUGGCUUUCCCCCAGCUGUGUGGGUCCCAGGCCCCAGAGAAGAUGAGUCUGUGGCAUCAGGUCCUUAAACCCAGGAAAGCACCUACAGACCGGCUCCUCCAUGCACUUUACCAGCCCAAUGCAUCCACUCUCAGUUCUCGGCGGGGCGGGGGGGUGGGGGAGUAGGAGGUCCCCUUUCCCCUAGGUGGUCUCAUAAUUUCCAUUUAUGGAGAGAACAGGAGGGCCAGAUAGGUCCUAGCAGAAGGCAUUGAGGUGAGGGAUCAUUUUGGGUCAGACAUCAAUGUCCCUGUCCCCCCUGGGUCCAGCCAAGCUGUGCCCCAUCCCCCAAGCCUCCUGGGAGGAUCCAGCCAAAUCUUGCAACUCCUGGCGCACACCUGUCUGUAACCUGUUUUGUGCUCUGAAAGCAAAUAGUCCUGAGCAAAAAAAA